AUGAAAAAUUGCACUUGACAAAAUUAAUCAAAAGACUAUUGAAAUUAAUUUUUUGGCCACGUAAAUAUGUUUUAAGAAAUGAUGAAACUGAUCAUAGUUCAUUCUUAAGAAUGCUCAGACAAAAAAGAAAUGAACUUAUGUAUGACAAUCCAUCAUUGGAAGCUUGUAUCAAUUUCAAAUUUUCAUCAGCAAGAUGGUAUUAUAUCAGACAUUUAAUCCAUUAUUUGUUAUUUGCAUUAAUGGUAUCACUUGAGCUUGAUUUGGUUGGCCCCUCCUCCCCCCCCUCUCUUGAUGAAACGGGAUCUGCAAUGGAGUUUUUAUCUACUAUAUUUGAUCCAAUAACAGGCACCAUUUGGUUUGCUUUAACUGCUUAUCUUGGUUAUUACUUGUUAGCAAUAGAAUUGGUACAGGCUAAGCAGGAUAAGGUCAAAAGAUAUUUGAAUUUUUAUAAUUUUAUUGAUCUCAUAUCAAUUCUGUUUCCAUUUGCUUCACUACUUGGAAGUUAUAUUUUUUCGAUGAAAUUAUAUCAAGAUUCAAUAGUGUUUAUAAAUUCUGGGCAUCCUUCUGUUGCAGACUUGAUCAUAUUUUACAAAUAUGAUUAUGAUUUUGCUAAAAUUUUUUCAAUACAAACAAUUACUAAUUCAUUUGUUGUAUUAAUUUUGUGGUUGGAGUUUUCUGGUGUAACUGGCUAUGGCUUAAAACCAAAUGUUGAUACUUUCAAAAUUUAUAGUAAUGAUUUAAUGCUUGAUGAUAAUAGUGAUGACCCUUUACAGAAUAUUACCAUUCAAAAAGAGUUUAAUGAGUCUGAU